AUAAUGGGGCAGUUUUAAGGAAUGACAUUCCUUGAGGGCAACAUUACUUUUUCAAUGAUGAUUUGCAAACUUGUACUAAUGUCAUUACAGAUUCUUCCAACUCAAUGGGGUUUAUUUUAUUGCUUUAAAAAAACUGAAUCUUACUGGCUUUAAGAGCUGUCCUAAAUUUGUCAAGAUGACAUGGCUAAGAUGGCAUGGCACUAUGCAAGGCACCUUGAUUGUUUAAUUUGUUUUCAUUCCUAUUUUGAUGAGGCAGUGGUAAGUAUAUGCAGAACUUACCGCUUAGUUGACUAUAGCCUGGAAACCUGAUGUUUUAUUUAAUGGAAAUCUACACUGGGUAUAAAUUAGUGUUUGGAUCAGGAAAGUUCCCUCUCACGACCUCUACAAGCCAGAAUGUUGAAUAAAAUAGUAUUUUAACUUACUUUACUGUUGUCUGUGUGAUUGGUCUGUUUGCAGGUAGAAAUGUGAGACAAUAUCCACAGGAAAGCAUAAUUCAAACCUCUUUUCAAAGUGCUGGUAGUGUUCAGAUUUGUCACCUGAAGCAUGCACAUAACCACGUAAGCAGUAAGCAUGAGCCUAGCAAGUAUGCAUGCGUACAUGUAUUUAUCUUGUGUGAGUGCUUCAAUGAAAUUCAACGUCAGGUUUCCAGGCUAGGUUGGCUAUUGCAAGUGAAGGGUAGGGUUCUUGUAUCCUUCCUUCUCUCCACCCUGGUGCCUGCAGGCUUGGAGAAACUAGCAGCCUCUGAAUGCUGCUUAGGUGACAUGAAAGGUCAAAAGCGGUGAGGGAGGAGCACCCUUCUCAAAUGGAACAGUAAUCUGGGCUGUAAGCUCCUGCUGUCAACAGCAGCAUGGUGAUUCGUUCAGAAACAUCUCUUUUGCAUAAAAUAUGUCUGAAUUUUCAAACUAGCUUUUCAUUGGGAAGGCGGAUCAAGCGUUUAAAAAAAAUUGUAUGUGAAAACAGAAUCCUACUCGUUACUCCACCUGCUUAACCCACUUUUUUUGUUUUGAGCCACCGUCGGCCAGAGCAGGGCACCUGAAUCACGCCCAGGAGACAGCCCGGUUCCAAAACAAAUGCAAUCGCUUUUCACCCGGUGCAAACACCUCCCACCGGGGCCAGAUUCGAAACCCAUCACUGAAUCGCCUGCUUGAGUUGCCUGGCAGGCUUUGCACUCUACCAAUCAGAGUUGACAGGGUGUAAAAAGGAGGAGGAGCUGCAUGAUUGUGGGUGUGUCCUAUCUUGGACUUCAACAAUAGUGUGUAUGGGAAAGUCAAGCAUGGAUGUUGCUGUUGCAGAGGAACCCCUGAGGAAAAUCUUCAGAGCAAAAAAGACUAUGAAAGUCAGUGAUCGACGGCAACUGGAAUCCCUUCACACCACUCUUUCCUCUCCAUGUUCUUUCCCAUCCCCACCUCAGCCAUCAAUGGUAAAUGGGAAGCACUGUGAAGCUGUGUCUAUGGAAGUAGAUAAAGAAAUGCAUGGAACUACACAUACCACCACUCAUGCCACUUCCUCACUGACAGGUCACAUCCCUAACCACUGAGAUCUCUGAGGAACCAACAGCCUCUGCAUUACUGGUUUCUUCAUCACAGAACAUACACUCUGAUGUAAAAGAUGUUCAGGAAGAAGGAGAGGGGGACAAGGAGUCUACAUUACCCAGCCUCGAGGUAGAAGACAAAAUGAAGGGGGAUAGAAAUUCCAAAGGAGAUGUUAUUGUUUCCUCUCCUGAGAGUUCAGAGAAAACAGAAUCAGUAAGAGAGAGACAGGUUGAUGGUAUGGACCUGGUACCAGGUACCACUCAGGACACAGUGCCCAUAUUGAACCCUGCCGCCUCCCUCCUCCUGUCUUCCAACACGGCUGUAGAGUCUGUCUCUUCCCCUUCGCUCUCCCCGUCAUACACGGCAGAGUCAGACCAGGAGGUCAGGCCAGGGUUCCUGGUGCUUAGUGAAGAUGAUGAUGUCCAGGAUGAGAGUGAUGAGGAACAGAGGGAACGUGAAGGAGGGGUAGAAAAAGUUGAGGUUAACAUGAAGAAGCCAGAACAAAUUGUAAGUGGUGCUUCAUCACCAACGCCCCUUCAGAUUGAUGAAGAAGAGGAGGGUGCUGCUCUACAGAAGAAACGAUCCUUGUCUGGAGACUCAGAGGAUGGUGGUGAAAAACAGGGAGAAAGAGACUUGGAAGUGGUGGAAAGGCAUAACAAGAGGCCCAGAGUAGACUGUGAAGAGCUGGAGGCUCAUGUGGAGCUGAAGAUCAGUGGGAGCGCUGAAAGGCAACACAAGCUAAAGAAGGUGGUGCAGCAGCUUGUUGAUGAGCAGUUGUGUGUUCUGCAGCACACACUAUUUGACAAGAGUCUUCAGGGGCUCAGUGACAGACUGGACAAAAUAGAAAAACACCCGAGUGCACUCAAGAGCCUGCAGGCAAAGAUUGGCCGACUUUCUAAGAAAGUCGGAACUGCCAUCCAGGCCAGGGAGAAUGCCCAGAAACCUCCAGAGGUACUGUUGCCACCUACCUCUACUCAUGCCACAGCAACCACCCCUGCAGAAUCAGCAAUUCUCGGCCUGAGAACAAUGGGGAACAACACACCGGAUCCAAAGCGUAAUGAUCAGGGCAGUCAAACCCCUACUCCUGUACGUAAUGAUCAGGGCAGUCAAACCCCUACUCCUGUACGUAAUGAUCAGGGCAGUCAAACCCCUACUCCUCUACGUAAUGAUCAGGGCAGUCAAACCCCUACUCCUGUUCCCACAGCCUCCUUGCGACCUUCCCCCUCUUCCACAGCCUCAGCCGGAUCUCAACCCACAUCCCAAACCUUGAUGCUGAGCACCUGUGGUACCCCAACACCCAGCCCGUCCGCCUUCCCUCUCCAGUCAUUCCUCAUACAGCUGCCUGGUGGAGGGACAGCCAUCCUUACCAACCCAACCAACUCUCAGCUAAUCCCAGUGUGCGCACUUCCCGCCAUGACGAGUUCCACCGUGACACCCACCACUGCCUUCCUCCUGCAGAGGACUACUCCCUACACCCCUGCUGCUCCCAAGCCCCCCUCGGCUUCUGCCCUCUUAUCUCAUUUCGCUGCCAUACCCACAACCACGACUACACCCACUGACUCACCAGCUGCCACAACGUCCCACAUAACCACACCCAUAACCACACCCACAUGCAGGGCCACAACCACACCCUGGGCCACAACCAUAACCACACCUACAUGCAGGGCCACAACCACACCCUGGGCCACAACUGUAACCACACCCACAUGCAGGCCCACACCCAGGGCCACAACCGUAACCACACCCAGAGCCACAACCACCACCCCACCCAGAGCCACAGCCACAACCACAGCCACAACCACACCGAGGGCCACAACCACACCCAGGGCCACAGCCACAACCACACCCAGGGCCACAACCACACCCAGGGCCACAACCAUAACCACACCCACACGCAGGGCCACAACCACACUCUGUGCCACACCCAAUGUCUCCCACCCUGGAGCCACUGGGACAGUCAGCAGGCCCAGCUCCGGUGUGUCUGUCUCCGUCUGUGAGUCCAUUCGGCUUGUGUCUGUGACGAACUCCACUUCAACUUCAUCCUUACCAAGAUUCUCAAUGCCAGCCACCACAGGCACUCAACCCUCUGUGCGACCAGCUGCCUCUGUGCAUCAAGCUGCCUCAGUACAACUAGCUGCCCCUGUACCACAUGUGCCUGCGAAAACAGGUAGUGAAUCUACAAACCCUCCUUCAGACUCCACACAGGCAUCUCACCCUGCCAAAUCAGAAGCAUUCAUAGACCUGACAGAGGAGGAGGAGGAGGAGGAUGAUGAUGAUGUUCUAGUUACUGGAGUGCUGAAGGCUCCGAUGGCUUUGAAGGCCUCACCCUCGCCUUCAACAGCGGGUCAGCGAACAACAGCCACACAGCAAAGCUCCACUUCAGUCGGAACACAGGCCGUGAGGUCAUCUCUUGGUCAGAUGUCAGGUGUUGGGUCUCCGCAUGCUGUUUAUCAUCGCCCCCUGCAGGGCUCCCCAUCUAAAAGUGUUGCCUCGGCAACAUCCACUUCUUCAUCUUCCACACCUUGCCCCCAGCCCUCUCCCCUUCCCCCCUUGCCUGUCCCACCUCAAACUAUCAGCCUGCCCCUUGAAGCGGCCAGCACCAGCCCUCCACAGCAGCCUCUGCUCAAAAUAACCCGGGUUCCGAGCCAUAAUGACGGCAUCGUGCUCUCCUGGUCUGUGACUGAGGUAGACAGGAGCUGUGCUGCCGUGGACAGCUACCACCUAUACGCCUACCACCAGGACCACUCUGGCCCCAGCACACACCCCCUACUCUGGAAGAAGAUCGGGGAGGUGAAGGCCUUGGCUUUGCCCAUGGCCUGUACACUCACACAGUUUGUCUCUGGCUCCAAGUACUACUUUGCAGUCCGUGCCAGGGACGUGUUUGGCCGCUUUGGACCAUUCUGUGAGCCUCAGUGCACUGACGUCUUAACGUCCCCCUCACCGAAAGCUCCAAUUUAACCACACGCUAAGAACUAAGUUAAAAUGUUUUGUGUCAAGUUAAAACAAGAGGAGAAAUGUUGAUUUUGUAGAUUUUUUUUUCUGGUUACUUAGAAAGCCAAAGUGAAAAGUUCAGUAAAGCUUCUGGCAAAACUAAUUGCUCUAUUUUCAAAUGAGUGUGUUUGGUAUUUGUUUUAUCAGAAUUGUGCACUCAUAUCAUAUUUGAGCCCAGGUGUUUACAAGAGUGACUUAUCAUUGGAAUGUUACUGGGAAAUGUUGUUGCCCAUCUUGGUGAAAUCGGUUGGCCCCAUGUGACCACUGUCUGCCUGCCGUGUGUCUGCCUACCACAUGGGAGCAGCAUUGUACCAAAAUGGUAUCUUCGACACAGGACGAGAGGAUUUGAAAAUCAAAUCUGAAAAGGCCUGGUCCCGUUUCUGAACGAUUAUGGAAAGUAUUCUUCUCCUUCUAGUUUCCUGAAGGUAUUUGAAAACUCAAACUUUUCAUUGCAAUUGUCAGUCUAACUGAAAGAACAUACUAUGAAGGGCAGCAUGACCAUGUUAUUAUAUGGUAAUACCCAGUAGUUUUGUGUCUCAUGAGAAAUGAGCUAAACGCCUAUGUGACCUCUUUUCCUCCUGCUCAAUUCCUGCUACUGGGAAGGACAAGUUCUACAGUUAAAUUAUACAUGAUCUAGGGCCUCCUGUGUAUGUGGGCACAUCCUGGGACAUUUUUUUUAUGGAUGUAAUUUAAUAUAGUUUUUUAACCUUUUUAAUUUGGCAUGAACAGAACCAGUCAAUGAUUUCAUAUUGUCAAACAAACAACUUCAAAAAGUAGGCUACCUGCGCAUGUUCGUCAACUCCAAUAAUUCCAGCAUCCUAACAUUUGCUGAAUAGAUGAAUGGAAAGAGACAUCUGUUACGAAACACCAAAAAGUGUAAUGACAUUCUGUGAUUUUCAUUAGGUCUACACUUUUGUAGCCUGAAUUUAUUGAUCCGUCUUUGACAAAAGGACUUUUUUUUUUUUUUGUAGAAAGGAAAGUUUGGGCGACUGAAAAGGGGCUGGGAGAUGGAACUAUCCCGGGAUGACAAGUGCAGCCACGUGGAUAUAUAUAUAUAUAUAUUUUAAACCAUGACCGGCGGGGGUGUUCGUUUAAUUUGGAGUACGCUUUUAUUUUAAGAUUUACCUCUAGCAGUACAAAUUGCAUUUUAAAGAAAUAGUAGAAUUGUUUAUUUAGUAUUAUUUAGAGACCCUGCCCCCCCACCCCAAAGUUUGACUUUGUUGCAUUUAGGGGGACUCAUGUCUCAUUCAGGGAGGGGUCUGAGACACUCCUGGGCCCCAUGCAAUUCAUACUGUCUGUUGAUGGUUUUAUGCUCUGUCUGAUAGGGACAUGUAAAGUCUUAAUGGCUGGUUAGAAACAUGUAAAUAAAUGCAUUGGACCGGACAACAGAAAGGACCAAGAAAUAUUCAGACUAUUGUAAUUGUUCAUUAAAAUGUUUGUAAACUAAACUGGUAUAUUGAUACUUG